UCAGGAAGUGAAGUAGAGGAAAUGGAGGGUAGUGAGAGUGGCGAACCAUGGACAAACUAUAGAGUUGUCUAGUUUAGCCAUAGAAGACUGUGAGGAUGCCGAAUUGGCCUAUACCAUGAGAGAUCUGCCCCCUCGAGCGGCUCACACCUUCCCUGAGCACCAGAUGAUGGACAGAGAGCCAGAUGGCAGCACCGCUGCUUACACUCCUGGGACGCCCACAACCACACGGCCCAUCAACAGAACUUUCCUGGGCUCUGAGCAGGAGUUAUUCCGCCGCGGCCAGCUCAGCUCCGUCAGCUCUCUGGACUCUCCCCUCAGCCCCUCACGCCCCAAAAGUCCAUGGGCCAGAUUUGACCCCUAUGACUCUGCUGAGGAUCAGGAUAAGGAGUAUGUUGGCUUUGCGACGCUGCCUAACCAAGUGCACAGGAAGUCUGUGAAAAAAGGUUUUGCCUUUACUCUUAUGGUGGCAGGAGAGUCCGGUUUAGGGAAAUCUACACUGGUCAACAGUCUCUUCCUCACAGACCUUUAUAAAGACAGGAAGAUGCCGAAUGCUGAAGAGCGGAUUGCUCAGACUGUGGAGAUCACCAAACACACUGUGGCCAUAGAGGAGAAAGGAGUUAAGCUGAGACUCACCAUUGUGGACACACCAGGAUUCGGUGAUGCUGUCAACAACACAGAGAGCUGGAGGGCAAUUGUGGACUACAUUGACCAGCAGUUUGAGCAAUACUUUCGUGAUGAAAGCGGCCUCAACCGUAAGAACAUCCAGGACAAUCGUGUGCACUGCUGCCUCUACUUCAUCUCACCCUUCGGCCACGGUCUCAGACCAAUUGAUGUGGAGUUCAUGAAGAUUCUCCAUGAGAAGGUCAACAUAGUGCCUGUGCUGGCCAAAACCGACAGUCUUACUCCAGAGGAAGUCAGAAAAAUGAAAAUAAAGAUUCGAGAGGAGAUCGAGAGAUUCGACAUCAUGAUCUACCAGUUCCCUGAGUGUGAAUCAGAUGAGGAAGAUGAGUUCAAACUCCAGCAACAGGAACUAAAGGAUAGCGUUCCCUUUGCAGUAAUUGGCAGUAAUGUUCAAGUUGAAAACCAGGGCAGGAGGUUCAGAGGCCGGCAGUAUCCCUGGGGUUUGGUUGAAGUGGAGAAUCCUGAGCACUCCGACUUCCUGAAGCUGAGGAACAUGUUGGUUCGCACACACAUGCAGGACCUGAAAGAUGUGACGAGGGAAACACAUUAUGAAAAUUACCGCGCUCAGUGCAUCCAGAAUAUGACCCGCAUGGUGGUCAGAGAGCGGAAACGCAGUCUAAAUAGCCGGCUGAGAGAAAGCCCCUCAGACCUUCCUGUGCCUCUGGUGCCUGUGGACACUGAAACUGAGCGCCUUAUUUGGGAGAAAGAUGAAGAGUUGCGGCGAAUGCAGGAAGUUCUGGAAAGGAUUCAGGAACAGAUGCGUCAUGGACAUGAAGAUUUACCCAUUAAUUGAAGUGUAUUUAAGAGGUUUCACAAGCUUAAUAUAAUUAAACAGAAGUAAAUGUAUGUUUUAGCAUUGAGAAUCUUUAGAGCUUUCCCCGACAACAGAACUUUUAAUAUUUUAUGUAAAUAUCAACAACUGUUGUGGUACACCAGAAAUAAGACCAG